CAGGCGCUGUGUUGUGGGGGAGGGGAAGCAAAACGCUGAUGUCUGGUGGGGCUGCUUGAGAGCAAAGGGGGGAAGAAGCGAUGGCUUCAGUUUCAACGGACUAAGUUCUUCGUCUCCCAGCAACCAGGUUUCCGAAUGAGUGGAUCAUGAGGAACAUACUUUAGGGAUUUGCCAUAGUAUGGCUGCUUCUCGAUCUACUCGUGUCACAAGAUCAACAGUGGGGUUAAAUGGUUUGGAUGAAAAUUUUUGUGGCAGAACUUUAAGAAAUCGUAGCAUCGCUCACCCAGAGGAAGUUUCUUCUCUCCCACAAGUACGAUCCAGAUCUCCAAAGAAGAAACCAGAAUCUUUGCAUACACAGAAGGGAAGUAACAGUGGACGAACACAUGAUAUAAAGCAGCAAAGUUCUAGGGAAUUAUGGGUAAGCCCUAGAAAGAGAGGACUGUCUACUUCAGAAAAGGAUAGUGUUGACCGACAGAUUGUGGAGAACUGCGAGAAGAAGCAAUUGGAACCUGUCUCACCAGUUUUAAAGCGAGUUAAGCGCUGUCUACGCUCAGAGGCACAAAAUAGUUCAGAAGAAGUGCUGCUCUCUAAAACAGGAAAGGAACGAUUGGAGCGCAAAAGCUCACUACCGGACAAUGUUGCAGUCUCUCCAGGGACUAAACGAGCUUGUCGAUAUCUUAUAUUGGACAAUAGUGAUAAAAGGGAAGUUAAAAAAGUGAAUGCAUGUACAGAAAGGUGUAACAGUUCAGUAUCUGAAGAACUCAUAGGCUGUCAGACUGUCAAUGGGGUUGAUGGGAGAGGCUCGGAUGCCAUCAAGUGUGACUGUCAACCUGAUGGGAAUUCUGCACAGCACAAUGCUGAUUCCUCUUCAUCCAAGGAAAAAUCUGUAGCAGAAAAUGGCUCAUUGGCCCAUUCUUCAUUUUUUCUUAACAGAAGUAAGGAGGACAGUUUUGUAGACCACAGUGUGCCUUGCACAAACUCACAAGAACAGUUAAAAUUAGAGGACCACAAACAAUUAAACAACUCUUUGCCUGAGGAACCUGUUAAUCAGGCACAUGAGUCAGGUACGGGUACAGGGUCCUUUUCUGAAAUCCAGUCAUCUUUAUUAAGGGAUUCUGAGGAGGAAGUAGAUGUGGUAGGGGAUAGUAGUGCCUCAAAGGAACAGACUGCUGAAAAUACCAACAGCAAUGUAGACAACUGUCUUGACAGUACAUCAAUCUCAGGUGAACCUGAACCACCAGUUUCUGUGUUGGACUGUGUUUCAACCCAAAUUACAUCAGCAUCCGAACCUCAAGAACACAGAUAUACUCUGAGAACUUCACCAUGGAGGGUAGGCUCAGCCAAAGGUAGCCCUACUAAAAAUAAUUCUCCAUGUAGAGAAAAUGGACAGCUUGAGGAAAUCAAUCAUAGUGCCCCUGGGAAGAAUGUAGAUUCGAGUAUUACUAAUAUCAAUGGAUCUACUAUAAACACAGAAAAUAUUCAGAAUGAGAAAGAAAGAGUUUGUGACUCUGGGGACUAUGUAGAUGAAAGACUAAGCAAACCACCUUCAGAGGCUAGACUUGUUACUGGAUCCUUACCAUCUGCCAAAGAGAGUGCCAAUCUUCAUGCUGUAGAGGAUGAUGAGGAAGAGCCUGAUGUGUAUUUCUUUGAAUCAGAUCAUGUGGCAUUGAAACACAACAAAGAUUAUCAGAGACUGUUACAGACGAUUGCAGUACUCGAGGCUCAGCGUACUCAAGCAGUUCAAGAUCUUGAGAGUUUAGGGAGACACCAGAGAGAAGCACUGAAAGAUCCCAUUGGAUUUGUGGAAAGACUCCAAAAGAAGGUUGAUAUAGGGCUUCCAUAUCCACAAAGAGUUGUUCAGCUGCCAGAGAUAUCAUGGGACCAAUAUACAACAAGCCUUGGGAAUUUUGAGAGAGAAUUCAGAAACCGAAAACGUAACAGUAGACGAGCAAAGCUUAUUUUUGAUAAAGUGGGUUUACCUACAAGACCAAAAAGCCCUUUGGAUCACAGAAAGGAUGGAGAAGCCACUACAUACUCUGUAUUGCCUUUUAGUGAUUGUCCAGAAGCGUCAACAAACAACCGUCCACAGCAGAUGAUAAGAGGACGACUUUGUGAUGAGACCAAACCUGAAACAUUUAACCAGCUGUGGACUAUAGAAGAACAGAAAAAACUUGAACAGUUGCUCUUAAAAUAUCCUCCAGAGGAAGUAGAGUCUCGGCGGUGGCAGAAGAUUGCAGAUGAACUGGGAAACAGAACUGCAAAGCAGGUUGCCAGCAGAGUGCAAAAGUAUUUCAUAAAACUAACUAAAGCUGGUAUUCCAGUACCAGGCAGAACUCCGAACUUGUAUUUGUACUCUAAAAAGUCUUCAAGUAGACGGCAACAUCCCCUGAACAAACAUCUUUUCAAGCCCUCAACUUUCAUGACAUCCCAUGAACCCCCUGUGUAUAUGGAUGAAGAUGAUGACAGGUCUAGUUUUCACAGCCACAUGGGCAAUACAGCUGAAGAAGAUGCAUCGGAUGAAGAAAGUAUUCCUGUAGCAUAUCGAGAAUUACCGGAAUACAAAGAGCUGCUUAAAUUUAAACAAUUGAAGAAAGCGAAGCUUCAGCAAAUGCAUGCAGAAAGUGGCUUUGUGCAGCACAUAGGCUUCAAGUGUGAUAACUGUGGAACAGAACCCAUCCAAGGAAUUCGGUGGCACUGCCAAGACUGCCCUUCAGAAUUGUCUUUGGAUUUCUGUGAUUCUUGUUCUGACUGUCUCCAUGAAACAGAGAUUCACAAGGAAAAUCACCGUUUGGAGCCUAUUUACAGAUCAGAGAUGUUCUUAGAUAGAGACUACUGCAUGUCCCAAGGUGCCAGUUAUAAUUACCUUGACCCCAACUACUUUCCUGCAAAUAGAUGACAUGGGAAGGAAAUGGCAACUUGAAAGCUUAGGAUCCUUUUUGAGAACCAACAGUGGCACUGUUGCUGAUUCAGUGCCCACCUUGGAAAGAUACUUGCUUUCCUAUGGAAUGUCACUCACAGCAUGAGAGCUUCCCAGGCACCCUCAUCACACUAUUGCUCUCUGAUCUGUCAUGAUUCUAGAUCACUGAACAGAGGCUGAACAUUCCUAGUGUGCAGGAGGUUUUACUGGGGAGGUUUUUCUUUCACCACGUUAGUCAUUUUUUAGGUGGUGACUCUAAAGAGAGGAGUUUUUUUUUUAAAAGUGUGGCCAGAAAUGAAAUCACACAUUAAAGAUAGUCAAUUCCAAAGGUGGUAAGAACUUGGCUAUUAGAAGAUGCAGAAAUGAUGAAGUACUUACAUUAAAAACAGUUUAGUAGUUUGCAGUUUUGUUGUGAAAUAGUUUUCAGCACAGAAACUGACUUUUUUAGGCAAGGUUUUAACCGACAACAGUGUUUGCUUCUAGGUCGUAUUAAAACAAUCACUGUCCCUGUGAUGGUCGGCAACAGGCCUGUAUUAAAUUGGAGCUGCUUAAGCAUAUUGACACUUCUUUUUCUUUCUUUCUUUACCUUUUCACCACAAUAAACUUUUAUUUACCAACAGUCAAGCACUACAGGAGGCAAGGGUGGUACUGCUUCCUUACCCAGCUGAUGGUGUGUGAAUAUUAUAAAAUUGUCACGCAGAUAUAUUUUUAAAUGUAAUGUUAUAUAAGAUGACCAUGUGAUGUGUACAAAAAUAUGGUGAAAAGUGCCAGUGGUAGUAACUGUGUAAAGUCUCUAAUAACCCAACAUUAACUCUUAUAAAGGAAAAUACACAGCCUUCUGCCUCUGUAUUUGGAGUUGGUGAUACAACUCAUCAAAGAAAACUGCCUAAUAUAAAUCAUAUAUGGUAAUAAUUUUCCUCUUUUGUAGUAUGCACAAGAUCCAUGAGAGAUUGUAUUUUUAUUACUAUUUAAACAAGUGAUUAAAUUUAGCUUGAGCAGUGA